AUGGAAGAAGCUAUGAGGAGGCUAGGAGGUCAGACCCUCACCCUGCCGGAAUCUGACCCACCACCCCAACCCACCACCACCCUUAACAGGCGUUCCACCACCACAGCCGCCAACAAGCGCUCUCUCAAAGACACCACCACCACCACCACAACUGGGGGCUCCAUGAGGUACCGCGGUGUCCGCCGCCGCCCCUGGGGCCGAUACGCCGCCGAGAUACGUGACCCCUCGUCCAAGGAGCGGCGGUGGCUCGGCACCUUCGACACGGCCGAGGAGGCGGCGUGCGCCUACGACUGCGCCGCCCGUGCCAUGCGCGGUGCCAAGGCCCGCACUAACUUCGUCUACCCUCCUACUUCACCUCCUCAUCAUCAAGACAAUCUCAUCUCUCCAUUCAACUUCCCAAAACAAUCACAGCCGUCCAUCAGAGAUGGACACUUCCCAACUCGUCAUCAUCAAUUCAUGUAUGGUGGUGGUACUAGCUCUACUGGCUCCUCAUCUUUUUCAUCAAACCCUAGUUCUCUUCCAAACCCUAAUCACCAUAACACCUCCGUGUCACAACCACAGCUAAGCUCUUCUCUGAACAUGCUUCUCUUUCGUGACAAUCUCAACACUUCAUCAUACUCUACAUUUCGUCCUCCUCCACAUGAUCAUCAUAAUCAUCAUCAUUUUCCAUAUAUCAACGGCUCUGGUUCAUCUCUAGUGAAUGAUCAUCACUUUAACAACACAACUACUACAAACAUGUCAAAGUUAGUAGUAGAAAGUCAAAGUCAAAGUUGUUUAUCAUCAACUGACCAUCAUGAUCAUGAUCAAACAGAUGGUAUGCAGUUCUUUUAUUCUGAGCCGUCUGAUUCGGGCUUGUUGCAGGAAAUCCUACAUGGGUUUUUCCCGAAACCCUCAUCAAACAAAUCUGAACCGUCAAAACCCCAGAAUUGCAGUACUGGUGGGACUUAUGUUCAGCCUGUGUCGUCUGAUCCUUGUAACAACAAUCAACAGUCAUAUGAUGAGAUGAGGAAGGGUAUUGAGAAGGAUCAUUUUGGGCUCUACUUUGAUUACCAAGGAGUUCCAGAGCAGUUUGGGGGGUUCAAUGGUGGUUUUGGCUCGCCGAGUGUGCCGUUAUAUGGUGGUGAGCUUCCGGGGAACCUCCAGGCGUCGCCGGAGAACAUGUUGGGGGAUUACUUUCAGUACCCGGAUCUUCUUGGGGUGUUUGCAGCUAAGCAGUGAAAUGGGUUCAAGUCUUUUGGUGCAGUGAAGCUAUAACAGGGUCCUAUCUUUUCCUAGAAUGGAAUGUUAACAUUUCUCAAAAAAAAUGGAAUGUUACAAAUUUCCCUCUUUUUUUUUUUUUUUUUUUUUUUAAAGUGUUGAAACUUAAAAGAUUAUGAUUAUUAGUUAAAAGGUUAUGAUUAGUUUGAUUUAAGAUGUUGAAAUGAAAGUUUAUUUGCAUUAUGUUGCAAGCUAUAAUAUAUUUUGCCUGUUCACUAAUUUUUUUUUUUUUUUUUUUUAAUAAAUAAAUAUCAAGGUAUUUGAAUUUUUUUUUCUUAUGUAAAUAAUGUUGGUAUAUAUGUUUAGGAGAAGUUAUUACAAAUUCGGGAUCUAACUA